GUCCUUGAUUGCGCAAUGUUUGACAGAUUCUUUUCGAGGUAAUCAUUGGAUUAAUUUUUUGGACGCGCUCCCACUGAAGAGGUUGCAUUGCAGUCCGGGAAGGCGUGCGUGAUUUUUUCCUCGACCAGGUCGCCAGCCAAUCAGACAAAAGCGAUGCCAGCAAGGUAUCACAUCAAAUAAAGAGCGACAGGUUUUAUCGGCGACAGACGGCACAAAGUUUGUCGCCAACGCCGCCACUCCAAAACACAAACGUUCGCGGAGCAAACUUUGUGUCCGUAUGAUAACUUCCGAGGAGGUUCGCAACCAAGCCGUUUUGAUGGAGCUGCAAUUUUUUUCGCCUCAAGGACACGAAAAUGGCUGCGAGUGACUCUGCUGAGACAGUGCCGCCGCUUGGAGAGACGACUACCGGUUUGUCACAUGCUAAUGAACUUAAGACACUACGAGAAAAACUUGGAACCAGCGAUAAUCGUGACGAAUCUCACGAACUGAAUGCCGACCGCAGCAUCUCCGUGCAAAUGCCUCCUUUGAAUUCGAGCUCAAACUCGGUGGCGAAGCCUGCCGGUCAUGGCAGCUUUAUCCACUCUGAAAGCUCUAGUUUUAACGUGAAAAUAGAGCCUAGUGAUGCCAGCCAGAAAAAUAUAGCCGGCGAUCCGGCUCGCGGCUUUGACAGUGUUAGCAGCGAAAGGCCAGUCGGAUCUGAUCAAGGACUUGUGACGGAAGAGCCGUUAGAAAUUCAGUGCGGUGAGAAUGCUGCCCUGUUGUACGUGUCUAAAUUGUGCCAAGGAAGCAAAGGACCGUGUAUUUUAUUUCAAAACGACUGGCUUACACCGAAUGAGCUUCAGUACAUCAGCGGACGAGAAACUGCCAAGGACUGGAAAAGAAGUAUUCGCUACAAAGGAAAAUCUCUUAAGAGUUUGAUUGCGCGCGGGUUGAUAAAAGUUCACCCACCUAUAUGUGAUUGUCUGGGCUGCAGAAUCUCGUCACCUGUGAACCGGGGAAGAUUAGCAAGCAAAUGCAGUGUUUCCUCUCCGCCCUCUCCAGCUAGGAAACGCAAGGACUCUUCCAAGCCGGUAUGGAGACAAGAUGGUUACGAACCUGGGUUACAUUUCGUCGGUACCAGACAGGGCUCUUCAUCUGACCUAGAAAACUGCACGAGCGGCCAAGUUCGCAAUGGUGGCGGCGGUUUGAGAGAUUCGCCGGACUCAAACUCGUCCACUGCAUCGGAGUGCUCUGAGCCCUUAGACGACAGCCCUUUUUCGCCCGCAGUCGAGCCUCCGAAACGAGCCCGAAGUUUAUCUCCCCAAAACUUGGGAAAAGUCAACACCAUGAAACGGCGAGCUACAGAUAGGUUCCAGUUUGACCCCAGGAACACGUUCUUCUUCAGAGAUAUCCCUCCGGAAUGGGCAAAUGCCACUGUUGUUGAUAAUUCCAAGCAAGUUAGAAGAGAUCAUACACCUCGCAUUUCUCCCUCGCAAGAAACCGGGGGAUCUCCAGGAGGACCCCAAGGGGGACCUCAAGGUGCCUCAGGGAGAGGAAGUGCUUUCAGGGCGGUCCACCAAGAUGCGUUAAAUUCGCACAGUGAGAGGGCUGCUGAAAACCAUGUUAACCAGGAUAUACUGACGCGUGAACUUACGGCGCGAGCAGGCUCAAACUCCAAACAACAGCAAAAACCACAAUCAGUCAACUGUCAACCUUUCAUCCCGUUCACUCAAUUACCCAGUCCCUCCCCCCUCGUAAGUCCAUCACACAACUCGCCGAGGUUGUUACCAGACCCCCUGCUUUUGACUUCACCUCACAGCCCUAGCAUUUACCAUCAAGCCCUGCGUGGUGGACUGCCGGGAGUCUCAUCUGCCCUUCACCAGAGCUUAAUGCACUACAGACUACUGACACCUCCUACUCAACACAACCCAUUGACGCAGAACAUUCCUUUCCAAUCCUCUUUCAUCCAAGCCAACGCAGCUGCUGCGGCAGCCGCUCGCGCGGGGCUCCAGGGCCUCCCUGUCUCACAUUCAUCAUUGGCAAUGCAUCGAGGGUCCAGAUCUUCAUCGCCCAGGAACACACCGGUGGUCAACGGUCACACGGAAGACAAUAAUUUUGUGACGAAGGCCCGGAUUUCGAACAUGGAGGAGGAGAGACCUGCUCCUGAGGUUUGCGAAAAUAAAAAAGAGGCUGAAAUCGGUAGCGAAAACCGACACUCUCAGGCAUUGACCGCUGACCGCGAUUGUGUAAUACGAAGAAGUCCCGAAGUUGCUACAGCCUCAGAUGAAAGACAAAGUCCAACAGCUACACCCAAAGCCUCUCCGAACCCUAAAGAAUCGUCACGAGUAUCACCACACAAGCUUGUGCCUCGUUUCCGACCAGAUUUAAACGAGAAUGUACUGGAAUGGACAGUUGAUGACGUUUGUCAGUUCGUCGCUUCGUUGACGGGGUCUGCUGAAAUUGCGCAUGCGUUCAGGGAGGAACACAUUGAUGGACAUUCAUUUGUUUUGAUGCAGGAAGAUCAUUUGUUAACUCGAAUGUCAAUCAGACUUGGACCCGCCUUGAAAAUCAUUGCGCAGAUCAAGAAACUCACCGAGAAUUUAGAAUUGGAAAAUGGCACCUCGAAUUGAAAGCUGAAUAUGCCUUAAAGAUCACGAAGAUCCUAGCCAGAAGAUCUCGUUUUCAAUUCAGGGAAGUGCAGUAGUUUCGCGUGCUUAUAUCCUUGGCUUGACUGUUUGAAGUCAAACAGUAUUCAAUCCGUUUGAAAAGGGAAACUCAGAAUAUAGUGACGCUCCAUUUGAACACGACUUGGAUGAAAAUGUUUGAUCAUUUAAAGUAAAACAAAAAAUCGUGGAAAAGUUCAGCGCCAUUUGUAUGUGCAGCGGUGUAGUUAAAGCCAUAGAAGAGAUUUUUUCGUGGGGAUAAUCUCACGACCCUCGUGGCUGCGCCAUAUGGCAAGGGCGAAGUUCAUUUGUAAUAUGUGCCAUAAUUAGACUCUAUUUCCGUCAGUGAUCUCCAUUUCGUCUAGCAAUCGAACCUAAAUUAUUUAAAGACCUCAGACCUCUCAAGGUAGGCGGAUUUAACGCAUUUUCAUUAUCACAUGGUACGUGAGUAACGCCCGUUUUUCAUCGCUAACUUGACCUUUUAUCACAGUUUUACUGACCCAGCGGAAAUCAUGGUCAAGAUUUUAGGAUUUCCGUCAUCUGUCAUCGCGGCUAAAGCGUACGUGCGUACAAAACAAUUAAGCAUUUUUUUAUCCAAGGAAAAAUGUGGCUGGGAGUAUAUCGAGUGUAAAAAAAUAUCUUUGUUAAGUUUCGACACAGAACCACAAACUCAAAGCAUGUUUUCUAUGGAAGUAAGUUUGUUUUCGAAAUGUGUAUAAACAGGCUUUGGCAUUUUAAGUUGUUGUUCAGAGUUUUUCUAGAACAUACAUGUUGUGCUUCUCUUUCUAGGCAAUCGGGGAAUGUGUUGUCUGAGCGUUUGUGACAGGGGCGCUCCGAAAAAAUCGGGACGACAUUUCUUUUAUUUAUAAUAAAAGAGUCGAUAAAAAUUGUCGCUUAGAGUCAAAAGCGUUCAAAAACGCUCUUUACUAUUAUUUUUUUAUACAUAGCUUGUCUAUAAAAAAAAAACGCGAGUAGGACAAAGUUCUACAGUCCUGGUCCAUAAGAGAUUAGAUGAGAAAUAGCUUGUAAAUUAGAUAAUAUUUAUAAAUACAUUAUUUCUUGCGAUCUUAUUUGAUAUUGUUGAAAAAGGCAACUUUUAUAGCUUUCGCAUGUUCAGGAAACAAGCAGUCCUUCUUUCCGGGAAUAGUCCAUAUUUGAAGUGUCACGCCAAGACUGGUGAGAAUUGUGUGACACUCACCCACACAAAACGUCACGGCCAAUGCCUCGGCCAGUAAUGACCGCGCGUGCGCCACUCGUUAGUGAGAACUAAGGACGGACCGAUAUGCUUUUUCCGAAUCGAUACAAUACCAAAUAUGAUACUGACGUUUUUCUUCGAUAUCGAUUUCGAUGCUGUGACAUUAUUGAGUCGAAUGGUAAGUCACAUGAUUUGAUUGACGAAAAAAUAGGGUUAUUUAGCACUGUUAAUGUUAUGCAGUGUUCAGUAUUCCAUAGGAUCAUGAACAAGACAGUCAAAAAUUUAAAACCCGAUUAAGGACGUUCUUAAUCGAAACUCACGGUUGUCGAUCGGUCCACUCUUACACCGUUCACACGCCACUUAGACUGGUACACUGUAGCGCUCAUUUCCCAUUUUCGAGCCCAGAGUAUUUUUGGCUCCUUGUCGGUGGUUGGUCAAUGGGGUGAAUCAAAGCGCAGACAUGUCACGUGCAGUUUCGAAAGCAUCGAUACUCUUCGCUGGUAUCUUAAUUUUCCGAGUGGACGUCGGUAUCGUUGGUAUCGAAUAUUUGUUAUCGGCCCAUCCUUAGUGAUAACGAGUUUCUGUCCCACUUUUUUUCGUUUCACGCCACGCUGGUUAAACUGGAAAGAAGGCCUCCUCGUUGACUGUUCGCUUCUUUCUGGGGAUGAUGUUGCCCCCGCUUCUUUUCACAGGUUUAUGGCUGAACAUAAAUUGUUUUGUCUUCCUCGGUACAGGUUGCCGCGAAUUUAAUAGAACACGUUGACGUUGAUGCAUUGUACUUAAAGCUAAAGAGUGUCGAUUUUGAGAAAUAAAAGUUUAAAAUACU